AUGCAAGAAUUGUUGAUGGUCGAGGCGUACUGCACACGUCUUUUGCGUGACAAGGGCUCGAACUUUGUUAGUGCUGCUGCAAGGCUGGGGGUUACCGACAUGUUUUGCGUCGCCCACUCUCUUCAUUUGGUCGUAGCGGGGGUGCUGAUAAAGAAGAAGAAGGAGGAGGAGGAGAAGAAGAAAAAGAAGAAGGCGAACAAGCCAGCAGGCAAGUCGGCGGGCACGUCGGCGGACACGUCGGCGGACGAGUCAGUGGAAACCCCGGCGUGGGCGGGGCAGGUGGCCAGUGAAAGUGCCGAGCCUAUUCCAAAGCACCACGAAGAUGAACAGCUCUCAAUUGAAGAGCGCGAAGAUAUGGAAGCUCUUCGCGACCUUGCUUGCGACGAAAUGGACGAAUAUCUGGACUCUGCACUUUUGAGUCUCGAGCGCGAUGAACUAGAUGCUGUGCGUGGGGUAGUUCAGCAGUUUCUUAUGCUGUCAAGCUACUUCAGAAAAUCUCCAAAAGGUCAAAAUCGACUUGGUCGCAAGGAGUUUGAAGGGAUGGAUUCAAAGCUGCGACGCCCUAACGCGUCGGAAUGGCUGACGAUCAAGUGCUUAUCAACUCUAUUGGCGCCGUUUGCUGCUGCUACAACUGCGCUCAGCGUACAACAGUAUCCUACUCUGCAUUUGCACUUCUCACGGAAGGACUUGUUUGCAGCGCACGUGGCCGUGGCGGGUGAGAAGCCGUACGUAGCGGAGCCGGAGGUGAUGAUGAACGAGUGCCGAACGAUGAUUCUGAAGCUAUUCAAUGAGCGCUUCUCCGAAUUGGAACAGUGCGAGCUCGUGUGGGUUGCUUAUCUUGACCCUUGCGUUGGAAAGCGAAUGUCACACCUUAGCGCUACUGACAGUCAAGGCAGCUUCAUGGAUGAUCUGUUCGGGCCGGAUGAGGUUCCUCGACAACGAUCUGAUAUCGACAAAGAAUGUGCCGACGAGUUCACGUUGUAUUUGAGCGAUAUCAAGACCGUCCGAAGCACAGACGACCCGCUCUUGUGGUGGCGCAUCAACGCUUCCAAGUAUCCCCAUUUUAAGUCGGCUUGCUAG